AAACAUCAGGAGCUCUGUGUAUGAAGGACUGGUGCUCGAUCGUUCAUAUCUGAAGCAGUCCGUUCGCCGUCGAGUGGGAUACGCCGUGGAAACACCGUGACGUAGAUCGCUCUGAGAAGUAUGCGUACCUGAAAAGUAUCUACAAAUGUCGAGUAGUUCGGUAGACAAGAGGCAGUGGUUCGAAUUUCUUCUCGAUGAGAACCUCCUGGUCGAACACCUCAAGCAGCCUGAUGCCGAUCCCGGGUCAUGGGAGCUCUGUCUCGUGCUGCUCUCUAACAGCAAUGAUAAUCCGGACAAGGCUUUCAAGAAGAAGAUGCUCGCGCUCCGGAUCGUCGCCUUGAACAACUGGGACCUCGGCAAGCUGAUGUCGGAAUUACCCGUGCACAUGCAACAGCUGCUCCUCGGAGAAUUCUGCGCUCUCACCAAAACCCCACACAGCAAUCAUUGGGGAAGUCCUCACGAAGCGUUUGCUUACGCCUUGUACUGUCGCUGGGUCCUACGAUACGUGUUCAAGUCGCAAGUUCCGGUCAGAGGCCAUCGAGGCUUGGUCGUUUCGUUGCCGGGACAGACCGAUCCGACAUAUGUGGCUCCCGACAUUCUGGAGAAACUCGAGAAAAGCCUGACAGAAGAAGCAGACCAGUGCGCGGAGUGGCUUCGGGAAUUCCUGAAGAGCCCCUCGGUCACGAUGGCGACUCAUGACUGCUUCAGUCUGCGAGCUCCACAUUUUCUCAUCGAACGAGGCUGCAAAGCUGACGAAGACACGCUCAAAGCCGAGACGAGUCUCGACCUCGGCAGUUUUCUCUUUUUCAAAGAACGAUACAACGAAGCCCGGGAGCUGCUCGUGACCGCUCAGCAACUGAUGCCAAAGAGCCAUUCCGAUUAUCCGAGAGUCGAAGGUUUCAUCGUGAAUUUCGUCGAGCAAGAGGAGUCCACGGACGAGGAAAUGGACCAUGAAGACGAUGACAUCAUAAGACGCAUCGAUAAAGUUCUCGAAGAGAAACCAACCGAGGAACGAUUCCUCAAUGAAACGUCCUCUCAAAGCUCCGUCGAAACUCGGCUCCUCAUCUCGCAGAGUGCCAGCGAGAUACUGAAGCUCGCCGAUCAAGUUCCAAAUGGACACACACUGAACUCGGAUUGGCAGGUGCUCCCCACGCAACUGCAAGGUCUAGUGAAAAACUCGCGGACUCACAUAAUUCUUGCGAAAGCGAUCGAGCUCAGGCGUCUCAAGAAGUUUUCUGAAUGCUCGCAAUUGCUGAAGCACCUGAUAUCUGCGUUUCCAAAAGCCGACCGAUUGCAAUGGGAAUUGGCGUACACUCACAUCAUGGAAGGGGUGAACAUUCUCCCAUCUGUGGAAAUCAUUCUCGCGGGACAACGAGCCCAAGACAUGCCAGUCGGAAUGGUAAACACCGCCAUCAUCGAGCUCCUCAACGAAGAGAGAUACGAAGCCGCGGCGAAUCAAGAUGCUAGAGGAGCGAUUAUGGCCGUAGUGCGACCCUUAGCCUUCUGCUGUUUGCGGAUUAAGGAGUCGAAUCAUGAGCAGGAACUCUGGAAAAACGUCAUAUCCUUCCUCCAUGUCAAGCGCAAUCACGCGGAUGCCGAUGGAUGUCAAGCGCUGAUAUUCAUAAUCCGACGCCUGAGGAACAAGCUGGCCAAAGGAAUCCUCAUAUCGCUCCUCGCCCACCUCUACAAUGUUUUGAGGGACGAUUCGAAUACAAGCAUCUCCCACGAGUACCCCCAACUCUGGCCACCGUCGCUACAAGACGCUCCUCAUUACUGUUUGGAUACAUGUGCGCACCUUCUGCAAACGUGUUUGCACGGAGCUCGAUCGCCGCAUUGGCUGAAGACUCAUGCCGACCUCUGCUUCGAUCAGAACUAUUUCUCGGUGGCUCUGAAACACUACAUCGAGACACUCGUAUCGGUGACGAAUUUCUUCACGGCACCUUGUUCGGUGCCAGGACUCGUCGAUGACACCCUCUAUCGGCGGAUGGCGCAGUGCUGCGCGAAGCUCUCCUGUCACACGCAAGCCGCCAUAUUGUUCCAAUUCAUGGCUGCUCCGGAUUACGCCGCUACCUUCAAGUCAUUAAACGAGAAAAAUUGUAACGACAGCUGCGACUCGCUGUACAAAUACAUUUGGGACACUAACAUCCUCGAGUUCCUAGCGAAUCUCCACACGCGGAGAGGCGAAAUUGAAGCUAAGAAAGCAGUCUUAUCCCACAUGUCCAUGCUGGAACUGAACUCGAACAAUCCGAAGAGAGUUCUCGAAGACGCCGCCGCACGGAGGAAAUGCGCCUUCUUGAGGACGUUAGCUAAGCAGUACUUCCUAUAAGCGAUUUGUAAAUUUUGUAUAUGAUCCUACAGUAUUCGAACAGAGAAAGAGAAGAAAAAAAAUGUCUCAUGAACCAUGAGAUGUUGAUGG